GGAAACGACAAUUGCACAGAACUCUGCCCUGGUUUAUAUAAUGACAGUGCUGAGGGGAAUGGUUUUAUCGAGGCAACACUGGAUAGCUGACCAGCCAAGGGAACAUAUCACUGGAUGUACAAGUCCUCUGUCUACUUUAAAUAUAUCUUUUUUUUGGAAAAUAUGUGACACUUCACAUAUUACUUCACAACGUUUCUACUAGUUAAUGUUUCAUUUUUCCAAUUGAGAGUAACAAUGGCAGAGUGAAGAUGGGGGACUGGAACUUUCUCGGGGGGGUUUUGGAGGAGGUGCAUAUCCAUUCCACUAUGGUAGGCAAGAUCUGGCUCACUAUCCUGUUCAUCUUCCGUAUGCUGGUCCUCGGGGUGGCAGCUGAGGACGUGUGGAAUGACGAGCAAACUGACUUCAUAUGCAACACUGAGCAGCCUGGUUGCAGAAAUGUGUGCUACGACCAUGCUUUCCCAAUCUCCCUUAUCCGCUACUGGGUGCUGCAGGUCAUUUUUGUGUCUUCUCCUUCGCUGGUUUACAUGGGCCACGCUCUCUACAGGCUGCGGGCGAUGGAGAAGGCACGGCAGAAGAAGAAGGUGCUGCUGCGGAGAGAGCUGGAGUUGGUCGAUGUGGAGUUGCCAGAAGCAAGGAAGAGGAUUGAGCGGGAAAUGAAACAGCUGGAUCAGGGGAAGCUUAACAAAGCUCCUUUGAGGGGCUCUUUGCUGCGUACCUAUGUUGCUCACGUUGUCACUCGCUCGGUUGUGGAAGUGGCCUUUAUGACAGGACAGUACCUCCUUUAUGGCUUUCACCUCCACCCACUCUUCAAGUGUGAGCGGGACCCUUGUCCCAAUGCUGUGGACUGUUAUGUUUCCAGACCAACAGAGAAAAGUGUUUUCAUGGUGUUCAUGCAAAGCAUUGCUGCAAUUUCCCUAUUCCUAAACAUCUUGGAGAUCAUACAUCUGAGUUACAAAAGGAUUAAAAGGGGCAUCUUGGACUUUUACCCUCACUUGAGAGACGAGAGAGAUGAACUUGAUGACUACUAUGCCAACAAGUGUAAAAAAGAAUCUGUUGUGCAAAUAUGCUCCAAUUUACCCCGAAAGGCAACGAUUGCCUCUGCACCAAGUGACUACAACUUCAUGAUGGAGAGGAUACAGGGCACAAUUAUGUACCCAAACCUAAUCAAACCUUCUACUUGUCUAACUCUUCAGGGCGAGCUGGCCACUCCGCACAAUUUGGAUGAUUCCAGAUGUUCAGCUCAAAGUCCCGAACAUUGUGACUGCCCCUUGACUACCAACGAGCCCUGCUCGCCGUGCUGCGACUCCCUGAUUUAUCUAAAACUUGAGGCUGAGGACCUUUUGCAUCUUCGCCCACACAAUAAAGAGAAUAGUGGCUGUGAAAGAGGGAGCCCAGACUUUCCAAAAUCCCCACAGAAGGCUGCUGACACUCCCACACUAAUAGUUAGUGCAUCAAGGAGGCCGUGGAGGUCUCAUGGUUCUUUUAAUUGCUCUACAGUGUCAGAGGGUAAAAGCUCUGAUGUAGACUCCUAUGAGGGUGCAAAAGCCGGCAGUGGAACUCCCACCACUCGAAGACACCUAAAAUCAGAUGCCAAGAAUCAAAGUCGGCCCCCCACCCCAGAGUCAGUGGAUGACUCCAGCUCAGGAUCCAGGCACAACCCCAGACCACCUUCCUCCAGCAGCAAAACAUCAGUGGCAAGUAACGCAAGCAAAAGAGCAGCAGACCUGCAAAUCUAAACUGUGAAUGCACCUUCUCCUUACAGCAGUAGGAGCAACAACAGGCCUAUCGAUACGACUGCCAUAUCUGCAUUAAGGAUUUAACACACUAUAAGCUGCCUGGUGAGAGUUUACUCAUAUUUUAGUUUUAGUUUUUGUUCUAAAUGUUUAACAAUUCAUGCUUACUAAUGUGGCAUGCUUUAACCUUAACCUGUUACAGUUCAACCAAUGGAAUAGACAUUUAAAUUGCUUUUAGUGACAUAUUGUAUUUAAAUAAGAAAUACAAGAUUUUGGAUUACAGGAUAUUUUU